GGAGUCGGAGCGUGGCAAUGAGCCAGUAAACAUCUCACGUUCCCGUCUCACCCGUUGAAAUAGUGACAUUUGCCAUGUGCUGCUAGUUACAACAACAUCGUACUUUGUUUUGUCCUUAGGUUGAAAUAAUGAGUGCUAAAACUGUAGCGCAUAGCUCGUCGCUUAAAUCAAAGUACCUGAGAAACUUCGACAAAAUUUCUCUUCCAAAAGAAGCUGUUGAAAGUUCCGAGUCAUCUGACGACGAAACAGCGGACCGCCCGACCUUCGUGAUUGACAGCAAACCAAAUUUUGGCGAGGUCCCCGAUUGCACGGCUCCAAAGCCGAAGCAGAGCGUCGCUCUCUCCUCCGUGCUGGACCCAGGCAUCGACCUGGCAGACACAUACGUGUCCACUCGGCCCCGAGACAACCCUUCAGAGCCGAGCCGGAAGCUCAAGGAGCUGGUACUUGCGACAUCUGGUGACGAGCUGUUGCGGGGAAGUGUUCUCACCCCUGGCUUCGAGAAGAAAGAUGCCGUGCCCCCGUACACCGAGUCGUUGAAGCGCCUUAAGGCACAGCGGAGGAAGGAGCGCAGCCUGACCAAGGGACCCGGGUGGUUCGGGAUGCCUGCCCCAGAGUUGACGGAAGACCUCAAGAGGGACCUGCAGGUCCUCAGGAUGAGGCGGGUGCUGGACCCCAAGCGCUUCUACAAGAAGAAUGACCUCAAGGACCUGCCCAAGUACUUCCAGGUGGGCACUGUGAUGGACUCUCCGACGGACUUCUACCAUGCCCGCGUGCCCAAGAAGGACCGAAAGCAGACCCUGGUCGAGGAACUCCUGGCAGACGCGCAGUUUAGGAGUUUCAACAAGAAGAAGUACCAGGAGGCCAUGGCAAAGCAACAGAGGGUGUCCAAGAAAGCCCUCAAACACAUGAAGCGGUUGAAGAAAAGAAAAUGAUGAGGUCUUAACUGUCCGACACCUAAUAAAUUAACACGUUCCACGCUAUAAAA